GUGGGGGUGAUGAGGGACCCGGCCUGAGGUGGGAGCGGAGGGGAAGGAGAUGCUCCUCAGGUCUGUGCUGGAAGCAGGAUGAACCUGGUGUCUAUGGCAACGGAUCCCAAGCUGCAAUGGGUAACGCUGUGGGCCCGCAUCAGGUGGGCAGCAGCGCUCGGGCUGCUCCUGGGCCUGCUCAUGGUGCUGCUGCUGCCGGCUGUGGAGGACCAGUGCCAGGCGGUGCUCCAGGGGCUCUCCUUCCUGAAGGGUAAACUGGGCUCUGGCUCCUCCGGCCUCACCAGGUACACGGGGCACAGCACAGAGCUCAGCGUGGCCUCCAACGGGCUGGAGCUGCUGGUGCUGAAAGGCAAAGCCUCCCCAGAGGUGAAGUUGGAAGCUAGAGCAGCUCUGAACCAAGCCCUGGAAAUGAAGCGCCAAGGCAAGCGGGAGAAAGCCCACAAACUCUUUGUGUAUGCCCUCAAAAUGGACCCUGAUUAUGUGGAUGCCCUGACUGAGUUUGGGAUCUUUUCUGAAGAGGAAAAAGACAUUAUUCAAGCCGAUUACCUGUAUUCCAAAGCACUCACCAUUUCCCCCUUCAACGAGAAGGCUUUGAUCAAUCGGGACCGGACACUUCCUUUGGUGGAAGAGAUUGACCAGAGGUAUUUCAGCAUUAUCGACAGCAAGGUGAAGAAGGUGAUGGCAAUUCCCAAAGGCAAUUCUGCCCUGCGCAGGGUGAUGGAGGAGUCCUACUACCACCACAUCUACCAUACGGUUGCUAUUGAAGGCAACACUCUGACGCUGUCCGAAAUACGGCACAUCAUUGAGACCAGAUACGCCGUUCCAGGGAAGAGCUUAGUGGAGCAGAACGAGGUGAUCGGGAUGCACGCAGCUCUCAAGUAUGUCAACACCACCCUGGUAUCCCGGAUCGGCUCAGUGACCACCAGUGACAUCCUGGAGAUCCACCGGAGGGUGCUGGGCUAUGCUGACCCGCUGGAAGCAGGGCGCUUCAGGACUACUCAUGUGUUUGUAGGACAUCACAUCCCACCACAUCCCCGGGAUGUUGAGAAGCAGAUGGAGGAGUUUGUGCAGUGGCUGAACUCAGAAGAUGCCAUGAGCUUGCACCCUGUGGAAUUCGCUGCUUUAGCCCACUACAAGUUGGUUUAUAUCCAUCCAUUUACAGAUGGCAAUGGGAGGACCUCACGCCUGCUGAUGAACCUCAUCCUAAUGCAGGCAGGUUACCCCCCCAUCACCAUCCGCAAGGAGCAACGGGCUGAGUAUUAUCAUGUCCUGGAAGUGGCCAACGAGGGUGAUGUGAGGCCUUUCAUACGCUUCAUUGCAAAGUGUACGGAGACAACUCUGGACAUGCUGCUCAUUGCCACCACAGAGUACUCCGUGGGCUUACCUGAGGCAGAUGGCAGCACUGCUGGAUGCAAACAAACCAUCCCCGUCAAGACUUGAUGGUUGUGGACAUGGCAGAGCCACUGAACACCAAGGCACAUGGUAUUCCUGCUGGGAAAUAACUGGACAGGAGGUGCCACUCUUUAGCAUUUUAUUUAAAGUGUCUUACAUUGGGUUAAAUUAAUAUAAUUUAUUUAUAUACAUUAUGUCAAGCUGAAAUAUGAACUGUUGAUGGUGACUGUGUACUAGAACUUGCUUGUGCUACUGGAAGGAGUGGGGAGAGGGAUUUGAGGGGCUCCACAGGCUCAAGUGGAAUUUACUUUCUCCUUAAGUUUAAGCUUUGAGCAGCUGCUCCAAUCACAGCCCUUCACCUGGGUUACUUGCAGUUGCCUUUGUACAAGUGGGAAGCAUUUGGUUUAGGAUUACAGAUGACGUGGCUGGAACAAAGAGAAGAAAUGCUGACUUACAUCACUGAGCUGCAAGGUGCUCCAAGGCCUGGCCUCAGCCCCACGUCACCCAGCAGGAUCCCUGGGCACUGCAGGGAUCUGUAUCCUUACACAGUUCAGGGCUUGGAAAGGGCUUCUACAAAGCUGCAGGCAGAAAAGGUUGUUCUAUACAACCUCUGUCAGUGGUGCUAAUCUGGUGAGAAUGGGCAUGGAAAAGUUGCCAAAAACCUGAAGUUCUUUCAAUCUGCACAAUUAGUUACUAGUAAUAACAUGUCCUCUGACAAAUGCAUCAGGAACACACGAGGCCUCCCUGUGCUGCAGGGGCAGUUCAUGCAGUUCCUGGAAGCUGCUGUGCAGUACCAAGAAGUGCACUUUGUUUUUAAGGUAAAAGCACCCAGAGCUUGACCCAGAACAGCUCCCUCCACCCCUACCUGCUAACUGAUCCCAACACCCUUCAAUUCAGAAACCUUGGGAUUCAAUCCAGUUUAGACAGCUGCAAAGCUCAACCCCUUUGCCAAACAGCAUAAGAGUGUCCCUGGCCAGAGUUAGGCUUUUCCCUUCCUACUUCCUUCCCUGCAAGGUAGCCAGGAUGCAUCUUCUACAAGCAGACAAGAGACUGGGAGUUACCUGUCUUCUCCAGCACCACACUAUGCUACUGCUGCCAGGGAAAGCAGACAAUAAAUGGAUGAGGAAGGUUGCUCUGUCCUUACAAAGUAUGCUUAUUUUUGUAGUGUAAGUAUGCUUAUUUUUGAGUACAAACAGAAUCUGCACUUUAGAGCUUGGGGGGUGUGUUGGGGGGAGGAAAUGCAAUGUUAUUUUAGUAACAGAUUAUUAAACUAUUUUAAUAUUAAAGUCUUUUGUUUGGAA